GAUGACUGGAUGAAAAUUUUAGCAAAAAGGAUUUAGGAUCGAAAACGGUUGUAGCAAAGAUGGAGAUCAAAAUGGACCUUCGUGAUGAUCUUCACAGAAACAUCAAAUCUCGUGACGCCGGAGUAGCACUUUCAAAGAGAUCAAAGAGCCUGAUCUUGUUGCAGAUGAAAGAGCACUUUCAAAGAGAUCAAAGAGCAUGAAUCUAUAUCACAAUCCUACUAAAAGAGUUCGCGUGAUUUUAGUAAAAAUUUUCGCAAUCAUUCACUUUUCGUGAUUGGUGCAGGUAAGUAUUUUUCUUGAGGAGACACACCAUCAGCAACCUUUCAUUCUAGCAUCAAAGCGCGCGCAAUGAUGUCUUUCCGACCGUUGCUCUUCAGCAUUUUCUGUUUCGCAGGUCCGUGCCUCGCCACGGUGCGGGAUCCUGGCCGCGAACCCGGCGUCUCUCUUCCAGAUUGUGACUCUAUAGUGGCCCAUGUUUGUUCUUAUCUCGAGUUUCCGCUGCACGCCAUUUUUGACACCCUGGUGCCCGGAGGACGACCGCAGAGUAUUUACGAUGACGGCGAGGAUGAGUACGAGAACCAGGGAAGCUCCAGAAAACCUAACAGGAUUAGGCAUCUCGAGGAACACUCCUGGAAACCGUUUUACCAGCUGCUGCUGCACCCUGUGGAGCUUCGCCGUGCUAGUCGCCUCUUCCGAAAUGUGGCGCCCCCUCGUGGUUUCGCGACGCAGCUGUUGUCUUACGUCGAGCCCGGUGCGGUCCUCAGAGCGACCACGGAGAGGAGCCGCUCCAUGGAGACUAGCAAUGAUGUCGAAACAGGAGGAAGUAACGCUGGAGUCGCGGCGGCCUCCCCACCCUUAGAUGACAGCUUUCGGCAUUUUCUGCAUCUCUUGGAAAAGGCGCUGGUGCG